GAAAUCUUUGUUGAUGGUCGCGGAUCGUCGAAGCCGGCUAAGGAAGAUCACCGAGUUUGUCACCGGAUCAGCGGAGUGGUGUUGGCCCUCUUUCUUCGCAGUAGUGUUGAUCGGAGCCAUUGACAUCGGAGGACCUCGAGAGCAGAGUUAAUUAUGCCGUACGCCAACCAACCCCGAGUGACGAUCACUGAUCUCUCGAACGAAAAUGUCAAGUUUGUAUUGGAAGACACCGAUCUCAGUGUCGCGAACAGUAUUCGACGUGUGAUGAUUGCCGAAACGCCAACCAUGGCCAUAGAUUGGGUACAGUUGGAGGCGAAUUCUUCUGUACUCCAUGACGAAUUCAUCGCUCAUCGCUUGGGUCUGAUUCCGUUGACGUCGGAAGAGAUCGUCGAGCACAUGCAGUACAACAGGGACUGCUCGUGCGUCGAUUUCUGUACCGACUGCAGCGUGGAGUUUAUUCUCGACGUGAAGUGCACCGACGAUGCCACCCGCCAUGUGACAACGGCUGACCUGAAGAGUGCUGACAUCAGAUGUGUUCCAGUCACGUCGAAGCGGCGUGACGACACCGCUGAGUACGGUCAGGAGGAGGACAUUCUCAUCGUCAAGCUUCGCAAAGGCCAAGAAGUCAAGGCAAUUUGCUACGCGAGAAAAGGCUUUGGGAAAGAGCACGCGAAAUGGAAUCCAACGUGCGGUGUAGCCUUCGAGUACGAUCCCGAUAACAAGUUUCGCCACACCACUUAUCCGAUUCCGGAGGAAUGGCCACGGAGCGAGUACUCCGAGAUCGCUGAGGAGGACACUAGAUCUCAAGCAGAGUACGACCCGGAAGGGAAACCAUCGAAGUUCUUCUUCAACGUCGAGUCUUCGGGAGCUCUGAAGCCGGAGACCAUCGUGAUGAGCGGGGUGAAACAACUGAAAAAAAAGCUGUCUGAUCUUCUGACGCAACUCGUCCAAGAAGCCCCAGUUGCUGAUCCUCUGAACAUCGUCUGAAUCGUCAGACUGAGAAUCUGCUAUCCCGGUUCGAGGCGAUGACGGCUCUACUCAUACGGAUCGGAUCGAGAGAGAAGAAAUUCCUCUCGCAUACGUCCCCGCGACUCCGCUCACGACGCGGGCUCACAGAGCCUAUGUACACAGUGGGAUUGUCAAACUCCUUGAUGAGGAUAAAUAUCUUGUAUACUAAUGUUUCAUGCGCGUCGAGUGGUUUUUCGAUGGUUCUAUCCUUCGGAUCCAAGAUUUCAAUCCGUUUUUUUUCAAGGGCCGCGAGAAUCUAUUAGAAUGUACGGGAAAAGGGUUUGACAACAACGUUCAGCCCUUCGAUUUUAUUCAAGAAG